CCCCCCCUCACAUCCACUCACUCGUUCCCUCUCUAUCUAUAUUUCUCUCUGGCUGGACUGCUUCACUUCCAUUGCCCUCCUCUGUGGAAAAUGCGUCAGUCCACAUGGUAGGCAGACACACAGAGACACACGCACGGGCGAACUCACACACACACACACACAAAGGACAAAUCCUAAGAGGCAAAGGAACAGCUCCGUGCGGAAGAGAGGAUAGCGCGGGGUUGGGGGGAAGGGAGGGAGGGGAGCCACACGCGCACACACACACACACACACACACAUCCCUACUCAGGAGUGGAGAGGUGCGGUAGGAAAAAUGUGGGGGGUGGGCCGGCUGCUGAACAGAGCGGAGCAGAGCAGAGCAGAGCAUUGGAGCAGCAGAGCAGUGGAGAUGCCAGGGCUGACGCUGGGAAAGCACUUCUGCCGGGAACCGGAGAUGUCCAGCUUUAGCUAGCUGAGAAUGGCCGGAGACUCUCGAGUCCAGAUGGACCAGGACAUGGAGAUUGGAGUCACCCCCAGAGAGGUGAAAAAGCUUCCCAAACACCUGAGGGAGGCACAGAUCUCCACGGAGCGCACGCACCUCAUCGCCGAGCCGGCCAAGAAGGUGCGCCAGCGCUACGUGCAGAAGGACGGCAAGUGCAACGUCCACCACGGCAACGUCCAGGAGACCUACCGCUACCUGAGCGACCUGUUCACCACGCUGGUGGACCUGCGCUGGCGCUUCAGCUUCCUCAUCUUCACCCUGGUCUACGUGGUCAACUGGCUCUUCUUCGGCCUGCUCUGGUGGCUCAUCGCCCUGAUCAGAGGCGACCUGCUCCACGCCGACGAGGAGGGCUGGACCCCCUGCGUGGAGAACCUCAACAGCUUCGUCUCGGCCUUCCUCUUUUCCAUCGAGACGGAGACCACCAUCGGCUACGGCUACCGCGUCAUCACCGAGAAGUGCCCGGAGGGCAUCGUCCUGCUGCUGGUGCAGGCCAUACUGGGCUCCAUCGUCAAUGCCAUGAUGGUGGGCUGCAUGUUCGUCAAGAUCUCGCAGCCCAAGAAUCGGGCGGAGACGCUCAUGUUCUCCCAUAAGGCGGUGAUCUCGGUGCGGGACAACAAGCUGUGCCUGAUGUUUCGCGUAGGGGACCUACGCAACUCACACAUUGUGGAGGCGUCCAUCAGGGCCAAGCUCAUCCGCUCCCAGCAGACCAAGGAGGGCGAGUUCAUCCCGCUCAACCAGACUGACAUCAACAUCGGCUUUGACACGGGCGACGACCGUCUCUUCCUGGUGUCACCACUCAUCAUCUCACAUGAGAUCAAUGAGAAGAGUCCCUUCUGGGAGAUGUCACAGGCACAGAUAGAGAAGGAGGAGUUUGAGAUCGUGGUAAUCCUGGAGGGGAUGGUGGAAGCCACGGGGAUGACCUGUCAGGCUCGGAGCUCUUACCUGGACACAGAGGUGCUGUGGGGGUAUCGGUUCACCCCAGUGCUCUCCCUGGAGAAGGGCUUCUAUGAGGUGGACUACAACAGCUUCCAUGACAUCUACGAGACCAACACCCCUUCCUGCAGUGCCAAAGAGCUAGCAGCCAGCCUGCGGGAGGGCCAGCUGUUCUCCCAGCUCUCCCCCUUAACUCCCGACACCAAGAACCUCCCCCUGAACCCGCUCUCCUCCCCCCAACUACUCUCUGAGCCCCAGAACAAGAAGGAGGAGGGAGAAGGCGAGGAGGGGGAGAGAGGAGAGACUAAUGGCUCGGCUGCCACCUUUGGAAAUCAGCCCUGACACCCGCCAGACAGACAGACAGACGCAUUUACAGACUGAAGGACGAUUACAUAUAUAUUCACAUUGUUUUAAACUGGACAUUUUAAACCUGAGUUUGUUGUCUUGAAUGCAAAGGGAAUUCUUUUGGCUUACUGAGGUAUCUGCCCAGCAGGGCAUUUUAAUUAGCUCUUGUCUUCUGCUUAACGAGCUGUCAGCAUGGCCCCUGAGGGUCUCUGAUGGGGGCGGCUUCUUCACAGCUGGCAUCACAAAAGACCCAGCCAAUCAGCCACCAGCUCUCAUCAUCGGUUAGAUGAGUAUGGUGCUGCAGCGAUGUGCCCUAGGAACUAACAGUCUGUGCACUGACCCAUUGAAGGACACUCGCACCCUGGCUUGUUUGGUCUUACAAAACAGCGGCUGCCUUCCUCUGAUCUAGCUCUAAUGAUGUCAUUGAGGUCCCUCCCCCCUGCUAACCUGGCAACUGAUGAUAUAAUUAAAGCUCUGCCGCUCCUCCUACUUUGUCUCACCUACUCAUUUCCCCACACCCCUAUCAUCAGCUGGAAAACGAAAGAAGAGAGGACAGCCAAAAGUACAUUAAAACAAACAAAACUUAAAGUCAGGGCUAUAUUAUUAUUAUUAUUAUUAUUAUUAUUAAUAACAAGAAUUAUUAUUAUUCAUAAUAAUUAUAAUUAUAACUAUAAUAAAAUUGUGAUCAUGUUUUUGGAGCUUUGUAGGUUUUUUUUUAUUAUUAUUACUUGAAAAUCACCCCAAAUAGGUAAAUAGGUACAGUGUUAGUACCUGCAAUGUCUAACAGGGAACUGAUGUAAUUCAGACCAUAGCAAAAAAAAUAUCAUCUUCUGCCUUUGUGUUUGAAUUCCUGUAAUUUUGUUCUAAAAUAUCUUUGCAGUACAUUCACCACACAUGGCCUGCAGUAAGAUUGAGUGACACCAUCCUAAGUGGCUGGAAAAAUGGCCUGAGUUUGCCACCCAAGCUUUUGGGCAUCUUAUUCGGUAUUAAUCCAACUCCAACACACUGCACCUUAUUUUGAUAUACAAGACAAGGCUCAAGCAACAGGAAAAUAUCCAUAAAUCCUGUUUCCUGAUCCACAGAGGUGAAGCUGUCUGAUUUUAUUGUGUGAGGAGAAAUGGGGGCGCAUUUAAUCACCGGAGCUGGUUUAUGUAAUGUCAUAUUCAAUAUGUAAAAGCCUCUGUUGCCCUGCGCAAAGGGUAAUGUUUUGUGUGCCUGCAUUGCUUUCAGUUACGGUUUGUUAUGACUCACAGGUUUUUGAUUAUCACAGUAAUUCAUUUUUCUGCUUUGAUUUCCAGAUGCAGCGACUGUUUUUUUUCUGCUUGCAAUUGUAUAUCCAUAGCCACCACGUUUACUGUCAGUGCCAUCCUGUUUCCCACGUGUGUCACAUUUAAACUUUCCUCAAAGUCAUUGAUGAGGGCACCAUGUGUGUCCAGGCUUGCAUGAAAUUUUAAAUGCUUUUGUCAUAAAGUCAUUUUCAGUUCACUAUGAAUACAGGGUAUUUUGUAGGCAUGCAAACUCUAAUGCUUUCUACAAAUAUUUGGUAACCAAAUUGUUGGUGUCUGACACGAGAGAACCUAUGUGGGGGACUGUUCAAGGAUUCAGGUAUUUUAAAAGUUUAAAAUAAAGCAUAAAUCCCCUCUA